CUUCCAACCUUGCCCCUCUCGCGCCAUGGACAAAUGGCGAAGCCAGUUUCCGCUGCGUGCGCGAGGGUGCCGGCUUGUGAACCAAGACGGUCAGCAUUUCAAGCUGGCUGGCGUGAACUGGUACGGUGCUUCGGACUCGUAUCAUGUCGUGGGCGGCCUGGAUAUGCGUCCUUUGGCAGACAUUUGUCACUCUGUCGCUGCCAUGGGCUUCACAGUUGUGCGGCUGCCCUUCUCCAGUGAGAUGCUGCGCGUGCAGUCAGUGCCCGAGGGCGCCAUUGACUAUUCCCUGAACGGGGAACUCAAGGGACUCACGCCACUGCAGGUCUAUGAUCGCGUGAUCGAACAACUUGGUCUCGCAGGCGUGACAGUGAUGAUCAACAACCACACCACUGUGGGUGCUUGGAGCGGUGGCGUGGAGCUCAACGGCAUGUGGUUCCGUGAUCAGUGCGAGAUCUACACAGAGCAGUCCUGGAUCAACGACUGGGUCAUGAUGGCGAAGCGCUAUAAGGAUAUGCCCCAAGUCGUUGGCUAUGACAUCCGCAACGAGGUGCGGCCCACCACCAUGACGGGCCCCAGCCCGCGCUGGGGCUCCGGUGAGAAGCUCUUCGACUGGAGCCGAGCCGCUGGCAGCUGUGCCCGCGCUUUGAUGGACGCAGCUGCCCCCGGCGUGAUUGUGGUGGAGCGCAUUGCUUGGCCCCAGAACAGCCUACGAGAGAUGUUGAAGCCUCCUCCCUGGGAAGCCUGGGGCGUUCCUAGAGAUCGCAUCGUGCUGUCGGUGCACAUGUACGCUUGGAGCGGACCGGGCAGCUGGAGCCCUAAGCACUUCAUGCCAGUUGUUCUCCGCUCAUUUUUCGAUGUGGUGGACUACGUGGGCUCUCGGUCGCUGUAUGGCGAGAUGAGUGAAGAACUUUUGGAGCAGCAGAUGGACCAAGAUUUCGGCUUUUGCUUGAACGAGGACAUUUGCCCGGUGUGGCUCUCCGAGCUGGGCGCAGACCUUUCGAGCGGCGAGCUGGACUGGUUCCUGAAGGUCUGCAAGUAUUUGGAGAAGAGGGAUGUGGACUUCGCGUAUUGGCCGCUGAAUGUGGGGCCAAAGCCUGGUGGGUCGGAUGAUGAGGCCUAUGGCAUUUUGACCAACGACUGGCAGCCGCGUUGGGCUGACCGUCGCCUACAGGCCUUGCGCCGGCUCUGCCCGCAGCCUUCCGUGCCACGAAAGUCCUUGCCAGCAAGGAGGCCCUUGCAGCUGCCUGCACGGGCACGUGCCAACACCUGGGAUGUAGGCAGAUCGCCAAGCCCCAUGGCUCCUAUGGCAACUCCCAGCCAUUUGGCAUCACCAGGCUCAGUGGCGACCGUGGCAACAACCACGGCAACUUGCUUUGGGGAUGUGGACGAGCUUUUGCUGCUGGCACCAUACCCUUGGUGCCGGCCACUGCCAGGUCCGCUCGUGCCGUGGCCGGGCACCCCGAAGACAAAGGAGCUGCCGGAGGUGCGCUACCUCUGGAAGGUGCUAGAUGGAGUAGACGCAGAUCCUGGCAAGGAUGCAAUGACCAUGCGCUGCACCGAUCUAGAGGAGGCGAAGCUCAUCUGCGUGAGCCAGGGCUACGGCGGCUUUGCGCUGCAUGAGGGCUACGCCUACAUGCGCCGCGCGGCGCCGGAGGCUUUGCUCUCGAGGAUGCAAACUGGCUACACCAAGACGAAGAUGUACUUGCCACAGGAGGUGCGCCUUUGCGCCAGCUGGCUGGAUUUGGUACCUAUGGGCCAGGUGAAGCCUCAGAGUACACCAGGUGAUUCUGAGAUCAUUUCCUUACAGCUCGAUGAUGAGCAUCCAGAAGCUGCCCUUGAGGCGUGCCAGCGUGCAUGCUUAGAGGGCGGAAAGGCUGGCUUUGAGCUUCGUGAGGCCGAUGCCCGGCUCAUCUCUGCCGCAGAGGCGGAGGACUUGCGGCUUCGGUGGCAGAUGGGAGAGCUGAGGCACCGGGACUUGGCCCCUCCUGGCCCGUGCCUGCAUCUCUUGGAGCCCAGACCCGCUUUCAUAGGUCUGGAGAUCUUCAAUGACAUGGAUGCCUUUCCAGGCAGUGAUGCUCGUGUUGUCACAGGAAAUUGCGGCCUGACGCGGUGCCGAGAGAUCUGUUUGCAGGAGGGAUUCUGCGGCUUUGCCAUCAAAGAUGGGGUUGCCCGCUUCCGCUCUGCUGAUGCCUCGGUUUUGAAGAGCCGGCUGGUGCCGUCGCCGGGCUCCAUAUUUCACAUCCUCACCGUGGAGGUGCAGAAGCCUGAGUCGGAGCAUGAGGCCGGCGAGCAUCUUCGCCAACUGCUGGCGAGCUUGUGGUCGCCCAAGGUGGCGAAAGCCAAGGUGAAGAAGCUUCAACACGGCUAUCUGCAGGCCUGCCAGACCGUGAGUAUCGAUGACGAUUUCCUCUAAAUCACCCGGAUUGUGGAGGCUUGAACAUUCGAGCUUCUGCCGCCCAACGCUCAUUUGCUUCGUUGACGUGUAAAGAGCGGAAGAGGCUGCCUGUGGCGGCCUUGUGAUUGGUCAAUUUUCGGUUGCUGACCUUGCUACUGAC